GUAUUCGGAUUCAAGUUUUCGGAUCGUUUCAAUCUGAGUUUCGAUUGUACAUCCGUAGACAAAACAAAACCCUAGAAAUCGACAGAAGAUUUUUUUUUUUUAAGAAAAAUGCCUCAGGUGAAGAUUAUCGCCAAGAAUUUCAUGGACAUGGUGGCUUCAUUGCCCGCCAUUAAGCUCGAUUUGCUCUAUCGUAAUCAGUUCAUUUGCGAAGCCAUUCUCAGGUCGUUGCCGCCGCUGGCGAAGAAAUACGUGUUACAAAUGUUGUACAUCGAUAUUCCCAUAACAUCCAAGUCGUUGCAGGAGUGGCUGCUUGCUGAUGGAUCAUCUAAGCACAAAGUUGCGAUCGAUCGGUUGAUUCAGCUAAGAGUAUUUGAAGUAAUUGAUCGGAAGAAGGAAACCACUUACAAGUUAAAUUCCACGUUUCAGACUAAUCUUCGAAAACAUAUGAUAUCUGGUGGUAUUUUGCCAAGAGAACCGAUGCCUCAAAGUGUUACUGCAAGGCUUCCAACCUCAGAGGAGCUUGAUGCCUAUGCACAUGAGCAAUGGGAGUGUUUCUUGCUGCAACUUAUAAGUUCAGGACAAGCCGAAAAAUCAACGAGCUUCAGCUCUUCCAUGAUGAGAAUUUUUCAGCGUGGUCUUUUGCGUCAGAGAGAUAAAGAAGCUCCAAGAUUAACUGAGAGUGGUUUCCAAUUCUUGUUGAUGGAUACAAAUGCUCAGCUUUGGUAUAUUAUCAGAGAGUAUAUCUCCAAUUCAGAGGAGCAAGGUGUAGAUCAAGCAGACUUAAUUGCUUUUUUGCUAGAACUUAGUUUUCAUACCCCUGGUGAGGCAUAUAGUUUAGAUACACUGACUGAUGACCAGACAACUAUGAUCAAGGACCUUGCAGACUUGGGAUUGGUCAAACUUCAGAAGGGCAGGAAAGAGAGUUGGUUUAUACCUACUAAAUUAGCCACCAAUCUUUCAGUGAGCUUAACAGAUUCAUCAUCAAGAAAACAGGGAUUUGUUGUUGUGGAAACUAACUUUAGGAUGUACGCAUACUCAUCAUCUAAGUUGCACUGUGAAAUUUUACGUCUAUUCGCAAGGGUAGAGUAUCAACUUCCAAACCUCAUAGUUGGUGCAAUAACAAAAGAAAGCCUCUAUAAUGCUUUUGAAAAUGGCAUUACUGCGGGGCAGAUAGUUACAUUCCUUCAGCAGAACGCACAUCCUCGAGUUGCUGAGAAAUUACCAUCGGUACCUGAAAAUGUCACGGAUCAGAUAAGAUUGUGGGAAACUGAUUUGAAUAGAGUUGAGAUGACUCCAGCUCAUUUUUACGAUGAAUUUCCUUCAAGGGAUGUCUUUGAGGCUGCUUCCGACUUUGCUCGUAUGCAUAAUGGUUUACUAUGGGAAGAUGCUAAGAAAAUGCGUAUGGUUGUCAAGGCAGAGAUUCAUAUGCUUAUGCGCGAGCAUCUUCGUGGUCAAAACAAGUAGGUUGUAUGCUUAGUAUAUAAAAUCCAAUCUCUCCAUGACACCAGCCAAAUGAGAUUGUUCGAAGUUUUGGUAGGGAAAAAGGGUGCUAGGAAUCUCUACUUAGCAAGAGCAGGGUCCUUGUAUGAAAAUUUCCUUUUUUAUUGGAGGCUCUCAACCUAAAUAAAUUAGGAAUGGGGGAGAAGAGCAGCUCAUUUAUUUUUAAGCUUUAAAAUCAAAGGUUGAUAGGAUCCUUUAUUUGUCACUGCACCCUGGCUUUGUAUCUGCUAUGGAGAUUUUCAACGAAAGCACCUGUCAAUAGUUUUAUAUUAUCCAAAUCAAUUUUAGUAUAUUUAAUGAAAGAAAGCAAUAUUUGAAGACAA